AUGGUCAGUUAUCUCGAGAUAGAGAUCUCAUCUAACAUUAAUAUCUCGGACGCAAUAUACAUUACGUCAGAUAGACCGGUGACAGUUUUUGCAAUGAACGUAAACCAGUACUCAACGGGUGGUAUGCUUGUUUUACCCAAACAAUCUCUUGCGAGCAAUUACCUUGUUGCGACAACCCCGUACGACGAUGACCUUUCCGGUUUGCUGAUAAUUCCUACAGAAAGUGGAACGGAAGUGACGCUUUAUUUUCCGGAUAAAACAAGUCAGUCUGUAAAAUUAGACUACGGGAAAACCUACCAGCUUGAAAGAAGUGGGUUGUCUGGUACGUACAUAGAGGCAGACAAACCCAUUGCCGUGUUUGCGGGCGAAAAGUGUGCAAACUUACCCGAUCCGGGAAACUAUUCUUGUGAUCACAUUAUUGAACAGAUGCCGCCAAUUGAAGCGCUUGACACGGUGUAUGUUACCGCCCGUACCGAACCCCGUUCCAACUUCGGACUUCUCAUUGUUGCCGCUAAUGACAGUACAUAUGUAACUAUAAAUGAAAUCCACUCUAUGUCUCUGUAUUCAUUCCAAAUGAAUCGACAUGACACCAUAUACAAAACAUUCGGGAAUGACAUACCGUACGUCAGUGUGACGGCAGAUAAACCCGUAUUUGUCACUCAGUAUGGCGUCAGCACUACCGUCGACAAUCUGGGGCAAGGUGACGCGUCAAUGUUCGUUGUUCCCGGAGUUAAACAUUUUCUGAAUAACUACAGGUUUGUAGUACCAGACGGAUAUGACACAAAUAAAGUUAUGAUAGUUUACAACAUAACAGAUGGUAACGAUCCGAGGACCGGACUAAAUCACAACAGAGUAACGGAAUAUAUAGCGGAAAUGACGUCAGUACAGGUAUGGCAGGACAUCUUUGGCGUCUGCUACUUAGAAGUGGAGGCCGGUGUACAUCAGUUAGAGAAUUCUGAAGCUAUGUUUGGUGCCGUUUUGUAUGGACAAGCGAGAAAUAAGGAGUACGCUUGGAACCUCGGCAUGUACAUGUGGACAGUAUAAG